GGGCGGCGAGGCAGCGCGCCCUGCCUCAGCGAGCGCCGCAGAGCCGGUGCCUCCUCAGUGCUGCCGUGCGUCGUUUCCACGGCAAGGAGUAACCCUGGCGCCCAGGGGAGAAGCCGGUUGGAUUUUCCCCAUCUUACAGCACCUCGCAGGUCUCUUCUCUGAGCAGUACGUUGCCUGAGUGAGUGGAAACAUACAGAUCAGCUGCAGGUUUCUGGCUACAAAAACAGAGUGAAAGAGAAAGAAAAGGGUUGGGAAAGCAGAGACAAAUAUUGACCUGGACUUAUAGAAAGACAUCCAAUGGCUGAAUAAAGAACCCCUGUUCAUGUUUUGGGAUAUUCUUUCAACUGGCUGGAACGAGAGCAGAUCAAAAGAAUGGGAAAUGCCAGCAGACCCUUUAGAAGAAUUGCUUAUUUCUUAUGCCUUUUAUCUGUGCUUUUGCUGACUGAAGGGAAGAAACCAGUGAAGCCAAAAUGUCCUGCCUGGUGUACUUGUACCAAAGAUAAUGCUUUAUGUGAAAAUGCCAGAUCUAUUCCUCGCAGCGUUCCGCCUGAUGUUAUCUCACUAUCCUUUGUGAGAUCUGCUUUUACUAAAAUCCCAGAAGGGAGUUUUUUGCUCACACCAUCUCUGCAGCUUCUGUUGUUUACAUCAAACACUUUUGAUGUGAUUAGUGAUGAUGCUUUCAUGGGCCUUCCUCAUCUAGAAUAUUUGUUCAUAGAGAACAACAGCAUUAAGUCAAUUUCAAGAAAUACUUUCAGAGGACUGAAAUCUUUAAUUCACCUGAGUCUUGCAAAUAAUAAUCUCCAAACACUUCCAAAAGACAUCUUCAAAGGCUUGGAUUCUUUAACAAAUGUGGAUCUUAGAGGCAACGCAUUUAAUUGUGACUGCAAGCUGAAGUGGUUAGUGGAAUGGCUGGGUAGCACCAAUGCGACAGUUGAAGACAUUUACUGUGAAAGCCCACCAGAAUAUAAGAAGCGCAAAAUCAAUACCCUCUCUCCAAAAGAAUUUGAUUGCAUUAUUACAGAAUUUGAAGUUUAUCAGUCCCUGCCAUAUCAAUCUCUGUCAGUAGACACUUUCUCAUACAUGAAUGAUGAGCACGUGGUUAUUGCCCAGCCUUUUACUGGAAAAUGCAUUUUUCUUGAAUGGGACCAUGUAGAAGUGAUGUUCAGGAAUUAUGACAACAUUACAGGUACUUCAACUGUUGUGUGUAAACCUAUAGUUAUUGAGAAUCAGCUGUAUGUCAUUGUCGCGCAGCUGUUUGGAGGCUCCCACAUAUAUAAAAGAGAUAUUUUUGCUAAUAAGUUUAUAAAAAUUCAAGAUAUUGAAAUCCUUAAAAUCCGAAAACCCAAUGACAUUGAAACUUUCAGGAUUGCUGAAGACUGGUAUUUUGUUGUUGCAGACAGUUCAAAAGCUGGUUUCACCACUGUUUACAAAUGGAAUGGGAAUGGAUUUUAUUCCCAUCAGUCUCUGCAUGCCUGGUACAGAGAUACUGAUGUGGAGUAUCUUGAAAUAGCCGGCAAACCACAUUUAAUUCUGUCAAGUAGUUCCCAAAGACCUGUAAUAUAUCAAUGGAACAAAGGAACAAAUGAAUUUGUUAAGCGUUUCGAUAUCCAAGAUAUGGAAGAUGCAUAUGCAGUGAAACAUUUCAAAGUGAAAGAGGAUGUAUACAUUUGUUUAACAAGAUUUAUUGGGGACUCUAAAGUAAUGAAAUGGGGUGGUUCAGCAUUCCUGGAUUUACAAAGGAUGCCAUCCCGAGGGUCAAUGGUAUUCCAACCGCUUCAGAUAAGUAAUUAUCAAUAUGCCAUUCUUGGAAGUGAUUAUUCUUUCACUCAAGUCUAUUAUUGGGAUGCUGAAAAAGCAAAAUUUGUGAAGUUUCAAGAAUUAAACAUACAGGCACCAAGAUCUUUCAUACAUGUCUCCAUCGAUAAACGAGAUUUUCUCUUUGCUUCAAGUUUUAAGGGAACUACAUUGAUUUAUAAACAUGUCAUAGUUGACUUAAGCGCAUGACACUCAUAAUUCUGAGAUUACAUCAGACUUUCUACCAUAAGUGGACAAAAUGAACUAAAUGCAUGAUGACUCUCUUAUCUUACUUCCAAAUGAAUGCCUUUAAAAAGUUGAGAUUGCUAGAACAAAGUAUUACUAGUAUCUUCAUCUUUAAUUGUCAAGUCUAGUGGUGUUGGAAGUUGCAUUUUUUAACAAAAAGAAAUUAAAUUAACUGUUCUUUGCAUCCACAAUAUGUAAAUAUGUGUGCAACUGCAUCUGUUGCUAUAAAGAAUAUUAAGAUGUACUUUUCCAUUUAUUUAUUCACCUGUUUGAAACAACUGCCAAAUAAAAUGUUUACAUUUUGUGUCUUUCACAUUCCAAA